CAAUGUAGAGGCGGGGAAAUUUCACUGGGAAUUGCUUGCGCUCUACGCGCCGCUGCUUUCCGGCAGAGUCUCUGCAAGUCUCCGCUGCGCUCUCCGGUGAAGUCUGCCGAGUUUCCGGUCAGGUCAUGGCAGGGUAUUCAAAUGGAAAGAAUUCCUCAGAUUCACGACACAAAGAAAAAGUAAAGGAAGAACCACUGGACUAUGACAUCCCAGUAGAGACCCCAUAUCCAAGACAUGCUGGGGAAAAUGUAGCUAGUUCAUCUGGAAGCAAUAUGAGAUCAUCUUUGGUUGGGAUGGGAUUUUUACCAUCUCUUGUUGACAAGGUUAUUGAAGAAAAUGGUGAAGACGACAUUGACUUGUUAUUCGAGAGGCUUUUGCAGUAUACUGAUGCUCAAACUCAAUAUUCUGAUUCUUUGGAUGGCUUGUUUGGUAACAAGGAUGUAAGCUAUCCUCAAACUUCUGGACUUAUUCAACCAAAAGAGGAGCCUGAUGAAUUUGACGAGUUUUAUGUCGAUAAAAGAGCAUCCUUACUAAUGAUGAACUUCUCUGAGAAUGAAGUUGAUUUUGCAUUGAACAAACUUGGUGAAGAUGCCCCAGUAAAUGAAUUAGUGGACUUCAUCACGGCUGCUCAGAUAGCAGAAGAACUUGAGAAUGAAAUAGAUGAUUCGUCUGGUGAUGAUGAAGAGAGGGAUCAGGGUGUUACUAAUGAAGCUUUGUUUGGAACUAUGGAUAAAACUCUUCAUUUGCUUGAAAUGGGAUUCUCUGAGAGUGAAAUCUCAUUAGCGAUUGAGAAAUUUGGUGCUGAAAUUCCAAUUUUAGAGCUUGCCGAUUCAAUACUUACAGGUCGUAUUCAUUGUUCUGAUAGUGAGAAGUUUAAUUUGGCAUCUUUGGCUAUGAGGCAGUCAGGAGCCUCAGAGAAUUCUAAUAGACAAAAUGACAGCACAGGAUGUUACUUGUAUGAUACUGAAAAUAUUAAAACAGAGGAUUCUGGUUUAGAUGCUGCUCAUUCAAGGGGCAUUGAGUUAGAGAUAUCUUGCAAAGGCAAAAGGCCAAGAGUAGAAAACGUCAAUGACUUCCCAGUUGAUGUUUCUCACUCCAGCCAAUUAGAUUAUGAUGAAAUUUGGGAAGAGAAAAGGCCAAAAGAUGAGGAGUAUAUGGAUGAGAUGGGUUUUUUCCUUGAACCUCCGGAUGUAGAUAUAGAAGAAAAGGUAGAACCUGAUAUUGCUAGAUCAGGAAUUCCCAAGGCGUUGAAAUCCAAUUCAGGAAAGAGUGUCGAGACAAUGGUGGCUGGACCUCCAUAUUUCUUUUACGGAAAUGUUGUCAAUCUGUCUUUUGACCAUUGGGCCAAAAUUUCAAAGUUUUUGUAUGGGAUUGAACCUGAAUUUGUGGAUACUCAGUUAUUCUCAGCAUUGAUUAGGAGAGAAGGCUACAUACAUAAUCUUCCCACUACGAAUAGGUUUCAUAUCCUUCCAAGGCCGCCAAUGACCAUACAGGAUGCCAUACCGCAUACAAAGAAUUGGUGGCCAUUUUGGGAUACAAGAAGACAUUUGAGCUGCAUCUCUACUGAACCUAAUGGAAUACCACAGCUAUGUGAUAGGCUUGGAAAAAUGCUGAUGGAUUCUCAAGGACAGCUCCCACCAGAUCGGCAGAGGCAUUUCCUGUAUAAUUGCAAAAUGUUGAAUCUGAUAUGGGUUGGCCGGCACAAACUGGCUCCUUUAGAGCCUGAACAGUGGGAGCGCAUUCUAGGCUACCCAACGGACUUCACUCAAGCUGCAGAGAAUAGUUCAAUCGGAAGGCUCCAAUUCCUCAAGAACUGUUUUCAGAUAGACACUCUGGGGUAUCAUCUCUCUGUUUUGAAGUCGAUGUUCCCAGGUGGACUAACAGUAAUAUCAAUUUUCAGUGGCAUUGGUGGGGUUGAAGUUACUUUACAUCGCCUAGGCAUUCGUUUGAAGGGUGUUGUCUCUGUAGAGACAUCCGAAGCUCAACGAAUGAUCCUCAGGAGAUGGUGGCAGACAACGAAUCAAACUGGGGAAUUGGUGGAGAUGGAAGACAUUCAGAAGCUAACAAUUAAAAAGCUUGAGAGCCUGUAUGUGAAGUUUGGCGGUUUUGACUUGGUAAUGUGUCAGAACCCAAGCACUCCCUCUAAAACAAGUUCUAAAAUGGCUGCAAAUCAGAACAGUAGUCAGCCUGCUUUUGACUUUACUUCGUUUCAUGAGUUUGUUCGUGUUCUGCAGCGUGUAAAGACCAUGAUGGAGAGAAAGAGGUGACUUGCAAUUCCUUCGCGACUCGUUUAUAUUUGUAUGAAAUUUAGUUGUAAGUUCUGAUUUGAACCUUAGCAAAUCCCUCGGAACCUAAUGUUAUACCAUUAGGUAUUUGCUAUGUUGUUUUUUCACUAAAACGGUGGAAUUUGGUAU